UGGCGUUGCACGGAAGCUUGAGCUGCUGCAGAGUCGGGCCGCGGAGGGGAGGAGGGGGAGAGGGAGAAAUUGGUCUUGGAUUUUGCUCCGGCUCCAUCGGCUGCUCUAGCGCUGAGAGAUUGCCCCUAACCCCAUACCCCAAGGCAAAUGCCCGGCUCCGAGGCAUAACUCGCCUCCACUCUUCGGAUCUGUACUUGGUUCUUUUCUUGCACCUUGAAAUUCAUUGAUCAUCAUGCUGUGAUGUGUGCCCGGGGAGAAAUUGUUUUACAGGGUUUGGGCAGUUCUCUAACUCUAAUCAACCUUGAAAAAUGUACCAACAAAGAUCACCUACCCAACCUGGAUCUCACUGCAUCCUGGACAUGACUGAGGUUUUCCAAUGGGCCAGAUAUCACUGGCAGCAACUGAUGGGUCGCCGAAACAGGGAUGAUGACGAGAGAUCGUACAACUAUUCCUCGCUACUUGUUUGUGGGGCCAAAUCCUCCCAGACCCCCAAACUGGCAGGAAAGCACCGGGUUGUUAUUCCCCAUCUCUGGCCCUUCAAGGAUGAGUAUGAAAAGUUCUCUGGAACCUACGUGAAUAACCGAAUACGAACGACAAAGUACACACUUCUGAAUUUUGUGCCAAGAAAUUUAUUUGAACAGUUUCACAGGGCUGCCAAUUUGUACUUCCUGUUCUUAGUCGUCCUGAACUGGGUGCCUUUGGUAGAAGCCUUCCAAAAGGAAAUUACCAUGCUGCCUCUGGUGGUGGUCCUUACAAUUAUCGCAAUUAAGGAUGGCUUGGAAGAUUACCGAAAAUACAAAAUCGACAAACAGAUCAACAAUUUAGUUACUAAAGUUUACAGUAGGAAAGAGAAAACAUAUGUUGACCAUUGCUGGAAAGAUGUCACUGUUGGGGACUUUAUUCGUCUCUCUUGUAACGAGAUCAUUCCUGCUGAUAUGGUAUUGCUGUUUUCCACUGAUCCUGAUGGAAUAUGUCACAUUGAGACUUCUGGUCUUGAUGGAGAAAGCAAUUUAAAACAGAGGCAGGUGGUUCGGGGAUAUGCAGAGCAGGACUCUGAAGUCGAUCCUGAGAAGUUCUCCAGUAGGAUAGAAUGUGAAAGUCCAAACAAUGACCUCAACAGAUUCCGAGGCUUCCUAGAACAUUCCAACAAAGAACGCGUGGGUCUCAGCAAGGAAAAUCUAUUGCUUAGAGGAUGCACCAUUAGAAACACAGAGGCUGUUGUGGGCAUUGUGGUUUAUGCAGGACAUGAAACCAAAGCAAUGCUGAACAACAGUGGGCCAAGGUAUAAACGCAGCAAAUUAGAAAGAAGAGCAAAUACAGAUGUCCUCUGGUGUGUCCUGCUUCUGGUUAUAAUGUGUUUAACUGGGGCAGUGGGUCAUGGAAUCUGGCUGAACAGAUACGAAAACAUGCCCUUUUUUAAUAUCCCAGAGCCUGAUGGUCAUAUCAUAUCACCAGUGUUGGCAGGAUUCUAUAUGUUUUGGACCAUGAUCAUUUUGCUACAGGUCUUGAUUCCCAUUUCUCUCUAUGUUUCCAUCGAAAUUGUGAAGCUCGGACAAAUAUAUUUUAUUCAAAGUGAUGUGGAUUUCUACAAUGAGAAAAUAGAUUCUACCGUUCAGUGUCGGGCUCUGAACAUCACUGAGGAUCUUGGACAGAUUCAGUACCUGUUUUCUGAUAAGACGGGAACCCUCACUGAGAACAAGAUGGUUUUUCGAAGGUGUAGUGUGGCAGGAUUUGAUUACUGCCAUGAAGAAAAUGCCAAGAGGUUGGAGUCCUAUCAGGAAGCGGUCUCUGAAGAAGAGUAUGCAGACACCCUCAGCAGCUCCGUCAGCAAUAUGGCAAGACUGAGAGCCCACAGCUUCAGGACAGUUCAUAAUGGGCCUUUGGGAAGCAAACCCUCAAAUCAUCUUUCUGGAAGUACUUUUGCUGUAGCAAGUGGAGAAGGAGCCAGUGAAGUGACUCAUUCCAGACAAGCUGCCUUCAGUAGCCCCAUUGAAACUGAUGUGGUGCCUGAUACCAGGCUUUUGGACAAAUUUAGUCAGAUUACGCCUCAGCUAUUUACCCCAGGAGACGGAACCAUCCCAAGUCCUGCCCUGGAGACUUUGUACAUCAUGGACUUCUUUAUUGCCUUGGCAAUUUGCAACACAGUGGUGGUUUCUGCUCCUAACCAACCUCGACAAAAGAUCAGACUCUCUUCCCUGAGUGGAACGCCCAUCAAGUCCUUGGAAGAAUUUAAAAAUCUCUUCCAGAGAUUGUCCGUCCGAAGAUCAAGUUUACCAUCCCUUACCAGUGGGAAAGAGCCAUCUUCUGGGGUUCCAAGCACCUUUGUGGGAAGACUGUCUCUCUUCAGUCGAAUGAAACCAGCUUCCCCCGUGGAGGAAGAGGUCUCCCAGAUAAGUGAAAGUCCCCAGCACUUCAGUAACUCGGCUUGCUGUUUGGCACUUGAAAAACUGAACAGUGAUGCAGGGCUUGCAAAUGGCAAAGUGGAAUCCCUCCCUGAACAGCCCUCGGCCUCCAACCUGUGUUAUGAGGCUGAGAGUCCAGAUGAAGCAGCCUUGGUGUAUGCUGCCAGGGCUUACCAAUGCACUUUACAGUCACGGACACCAGAGCAGAUCAUGGUGGACUUUGCUGCUUUGGGAUCAUUAACAUUUCAACUCCUCCAUAUCCUGCCUUUUGACUCAGUCAGAAAAAGAAUGUCUGUUGUGGUCCGACACCCUCUUUCCAACCAAGUUGUGGUAUAUACUAAGGGUGCUGAUUCUGUAAUUAUGGAAUUGCUCUCAGCAGCUUCCCCAGAUGGAGCAGAUGUGGAAAAACAACAGACAAUAAUAAGGGAGAAAACCCAGAAACACUUGGAUGACUAUGCCAAACGAGGGCUACGCACUUUAUGUAUAGCAAAGAAGGUCAUGAGUGACACUGAAUAUGCAGAGUGGCUGAGAAAUCAUUUUUUAGCUGAAACCAGUAUUGACAACAGGGAAGAAUUACUAAUUGAAUCUGCUAUGAGGCUGGAGAACAAACUAACAUUACUUGGUGCUACUGGCAUUGAAGACCGCCUGCAAGAGGGAGUCCCUGAGGCCAUAGAGGCCCUUCAUAAAGCUGGCAUCAAGAUCUGGAUGCUGACAGGGGACAAGCAGGAGACAGCUAUCAACAUAGCUUAUGCAUGCAAACUGCUGGAGCCAGAUGACAAGCUAUUUAUCCUUAAUACCCAAAGCAAAGAUGCCUGUGAGAUGCUGAUUGGCACAAUUUUGAAAGAACUUCAGAAGAAGCAUUCAGUCCUUCCAGAGCAAGCAUCUUUAAGGGAGGACUUCCGUCAGACUCCUGUCCCUCAGGACUCAGGGCCACGGGCUGGACUCGUUAUCACUGGGAAGACCCUUGAGUUUGCCCUGCAAGAGAGUCUGCAGAGACAGUUCCUGGAGCUGACUGCUUGGUGCCAAGCUGUGGUCUGCUGCAGAGCCACACCGCUGCAGAAAAGCGAGGUAGUGAAAUUGGUACGCAACCAUCUCCGGGUGAUGACCCUGGCCAUCGGUGAUGGUGCCAAUGAUGUUAGCAUGAUACAAGUGGCAGACAUCGGGGUUGGGGUCUCAGGUCAAGAAGGCAUGCAAGCUGUGAUGGCCAGUGACUUCGCCAUUUCUCAGUUCAGACAUCUGAGCAAGCUCCUUCUUGUCCAUGGACACUGGUGUUACACACGACUUUCCAACAUGAUCCUCUAUUUUUUCUACAAAAAUGUGGCCUAUGUGAACCUCCUUUUCUGGUACCAGUUUUUUUGUGGGUUUUCAGGAACAUCCAUGACUGACUAUUGGGUUUUGAUCUUCUUCAACCUCCUCUUCACAUCUGCUCCUCCGGUCAUUUAUGGUGUUUUGGAGAAGGAUGUGUCUGCAGAGACUCUCAUGCAAUUGCCUGAACUUUAUCAGAGUGGUCAGAAAUCAGAGGCGUACUUGCCCCUCACCUUCUGGAUCACGUUGUUGGAUGCAUUUUAUCAAAGCCUGGUCUGCUUCUUUGUGCCUUAUUUUACCUACCAGGGUUCAGACAUUGACAUCUUUACAUUUGGAAACCCCCUAAACACAGCGGCUUUGUUCAUCAUUCUCCUCCAUCUGGUCAUCGAAAGCAAGAGUUUGACUUGGAUUCACCUGCUGGUGAUCAUUGGUAGCAUCUUGUCCUAUUUUUUCUUUGCCUUGGCUUUUGGAGCCAUGUGUGUAACUUGCAACCCACCAUCCAACCCCUACUGGAUUAUGCAGGAGCACAUGCUGGAUCCGGUGUUCUACUUAGUUUGUAUCCUCACAAUCUGCGUUGCUCUUCUGCCCAGGUUUACAUACCGAGUUCUUCAGGGCUCCCUGUUUCCAUCUCCAAUUCUGAGAGCUAAGCACUUUGACAGACUAACUCCAGAGGAGAGGACAGAAGCUCUCAAGAAGUGGAGAAGGACCGGAAAGAUGAAGGAAGUGACAUCUAAGUAUGCUGACCAAUCAGCUGCCAUAUCAGGAAGAAGACCCACAUCUGACCCUCCUGUUACCUUUUCAAUGAAGUCAGCAACUUCUUGUGCUGUUGAGCAAGGAAACAUAUCUAUAUGUGAAACUGCUGUAGAUAGAGGCUACACUGAAACUGAGGCCUCAGAGAUGACUGGACUCUCAAAACAUUAAGAAUGCAGGGUACCCUCUUUGGAGCUACAAGUAGUUUUUCAGGUUUGGCAGAGAGAUUUUAAAGAGGCACCUCUAUGAAACAAGGAGUAUUUGUGUUUUUAUAUAAGGGAUAUCAGCAUUUUACUAGGCUUAGAAUUCAAUAAUGACAUGAUGACCAUUAUUGUAUGUAUAUACAUUUGUAAAAGAGAGAUAAGAUUUGCCCUAGAUGGAGUUUAGGAAAGUCAAAUACAUAAUUCAGAAUCAAAUGCUUUUAUGAAACUUUUUGGAUUUUGUAAAAGUAUUUUAAUUGCCUUAGAAAUGCAGACAUUAUCAUGGGGUUCAUUUGUGACUUAUUUAUUUCACUGGGAAAUCUCAUAUUCUUGGGAAAUGCUUCAAAUAAGCAGAUACCAAUCUGGAAAAUUUUUUAAUUAAGCAAAAAAAUCUAGAUAUAUUAGUUAAGACAAGGAGGAGUUUUUCCAUAUUGAAAAAAAAACCUUUAUUGUGAUUUUUUUAUAAUUAAUAUUAAUUAUAGAUUAAUUCCCACAAACCUUUUAAGCAACCAUGUACAUAAAAUACAGUAAUAAUCAUACUGUUUAAAAUAUAGUUAGUGAAUAUUAAUAGCUUUUUAUUUCCUAUGGGAAGAUGCCUUUGGUCUUCUGACUAUAGAUGUUAGGCAUACCUCUCUGCUCAUCUCAGCGUUUUCCUUUUGUGGAGCAUUUACAGGAGGUGGGUAGGAGAGAUGCUAGCAUUCCACUGGGUACCUGGGGUGUGUUCCUCUUAGCUUUCAGUCAAGAGAAGAGCUCUCAUGAGGUCUCCCUCUGUGUAGAUGUUGUCAGUUGGAUACAGAAGCCAUAGGUCAGGCAAACAGAAUCAGCUGAGCCUAUUUAGCAAUUUCUAAAUUCUAAAAAUGACAAUAGCCUCAUCAAAAUGAGACAAUUUCAAAACAAUGUUCCAGAGACCAUUUAAGGGUUCCUACUUUUUUACAAUUUCCAACAACUCUUGUGGUUUUGUAGACUGUAAAACAUGAGCUAUUGAUUUAGACUCAUCCAGAUUUUUCUCCAGGAGUUUCCCUGAAGUUCUUAGAAAAACUUCUUUUUCAACACACUUGAGGAUAGGAAUGUCUAUAGAAAAGUUUACUGCUAUGACAAAUCAUUUAUGUUGACUUUAGUUGGGACCAAGAGACUAGUUUAAACCAAGUCAGGCCAGGUGAUGUUAUUGUAAGAUCAUAUAUUCUUGUUGAAGUUCUUUUAAAAUUCUAUCUCUAUGCAUCUGAACAUCAUCCGUUAACAAUCAUCUAGAAUUUCCUUCAUGAAACGCCAUGCUCAUGUACAAUAUCUACAUCAAGUUCUUGUUAAUGACUAUAAAACUAUUAUUCUCAGGGCUUAAUCUACCUACUGCCUACUAUCCUGGUCCUAUAUUUUUUGUAACCUUCUGUUAUUAUUGUUCGGUUGUUUUUUAUAUAGACUGAUUUCUAAAACUUGUAAAAUUUCAUAUAGCUAAUGAAAGUCGCUUUCUGCUAUCUUAAGAUUUUUUUAAAUAAACUAUUUAUACAACA